CGCGGCUGAAAACAGACUUUGGAAUUGGACGCACAUUUAUGACGUCACGUGUCUCUGUAACGUGAUGGAUGUAUCUUAGUGACAAAAAAUAAACAAACAAACAAACAAAGUAUCUUAGCGACAGAGGACGCGGCGCGGCAGACCAUUGCUGGACAUCGUGCGAUUCAGGUGCUUAACAGCGAUCAAGAGCGAAAAUGAAGUUGAUGGAACCAUUCGGUGCUGCAAUAGCGGAUCUUACACUACGACCUCUGCUGUUUACGGGAGUAACUGCAGCCUCGGCAGGUAUUUUCUGCUAUUUGUUUAAACGGGGCGAUGGAAAGAAACCAACAGCGGACCCACAGGACAAAACUCCACCCGAAGCAGUGUGUGACCAGGCCACAGAACUGUCUCUGCUCCAACCCAAAGAGGUUCCUCAGUACCAGAUUUCCAUGGCAGAAGCAGAGAAGAAACACCAGAAUGCUGUGGAGAGCAUCACACAGAUGGAGUCUGAGAAAUCUGCCCUCCAAGACCAGAUAGAAACCCUUCAAAAGACAGUGCUGGAAAUGGGGAACCUGCUCAAAGAAAGUAACACGAAUUGCAACAAUCUAAAGAACGAACGUGAGCGAGAGCUGGAGAGUCACAACCUCCUAAAGAUCAAGUGCAAAGAGAUGGAGGAGUCUGUGGCACACAAGGAGGAGCUACUGAAGGUCUCCCUGGCAGAAGCAGAGGAGAAACACCAGAAUGCUGUGGAGAUCAUCACACAACUGGAGGUCGAGAAAUCUGCCCUCCAAGGCAAGAUAGAAACCCUGGAAAAUACAGUGCAGAAAAUGAGUAUCCAGCUCAUUGACAGUUGUAUGGAGUGCGACGAUCUCACAAACGAGUGUGAACAGGAGCGGGAAUCUCACAGCCUCCUGCAGGAUGAAUAUGAGGAGAUGAAAAAGACUCUGAUAAACAAGGAGAAGUUACUGAAGGUCUCCCUGGCAGAAGCAGAGGAGAAACACCAGAAUGCUGUGGAGAGCAUCACACAGCUGGAGGUUGAGAAAUCUGCCCUCCAAGACAAGAUAGAAACCCUGGAAAAUACAGCGCUGUAUUUGAAGGUCCAGCUCACUGACAGUUGUAUGGAGUGCUACGAUCUAACGAACGAGUGUGAACAGGAGCGGGAAUCUCACAGCCUCCUGCAGGAUGAAUAUGAGGAGAUGAAGAAGACUCUGAUAAACAAGGAGGAGCUACUGAAGGUCUCCCUGGCAGAAGCAGAGGAGAAACACCAGAAUGCUGUGGAGAGCAUCACACAGCUGGAGGUUGAGAAAUCUGCCCUCCAAGACAAGAUAGAAACCCUGGAAAAUACAGUGCAGGAAAUGAGUAUCCAGCUCAUUGACAGUUGUAUGGAGUGCGACGAUCUAACGAACGAGUGUGAACAGGAGCGGGAAUCUCACAGCCUCCUGCAGGAUGAAUAUGAGGAGAUGAAAAAGACUCUGAUAAACAAGGAGGAGUUACUGAAGGUCUCCCUGGCAGAAGCAGAGGAGAAACACCAGAAUGCUGUGGAGAGCAUCACACAGCUGGAGGUUGAUAAGUCUGCCCUCCAAGACAAGAUAGAAACCCUGAAAAAUACAGUGCAUGAAAUAAGGAACCAGCUCAUUGACAGUUGUAUGGAGUGCGACAAGCUAAAGAACGAGCGUGACCAAGAGCAGGAAUCUUACAGCCUCCUCCAGGUUGAAUAUGAGGAGAUGAAAAGACUCUGA